UUUUGUAUCUGGAGUCUGGACGUGUGAGGGUUACGGAGGUGUCAUGUUUUGUAGGCUGAUUCCUUUUUUUUUAUAUAUACAAAUUGGAGAAGAAAACAAAGAACGUGGUACCGACUGCGAUGUGGAUCAAACAAUCAGUGAUUACUUUGUGGAUCAAGAAGAGAAAUUAUAGUCCAUUGUUAAAGGUGGUGGAUAUGACCUUGAAAUUUUUACUGAGAGCCCAGACCCUGAUUUACUCUGCUCUAUCUGCCAUGGGGUCAUGAGGUGCCCUGUGACGAUUCCCUGUGGCCAUAUUUUCUGCCGAAAAUGUAUAUUGCAAUGGUUAAAGAGACAACAAACAUGUCCCUGUUGCAGAACAGAGGUUAGGGGUAAAAUGCUGGUCCUGAUGCACAAAGUAAAGAGGAAAAUUAACCACCUGCAAGUCAAGUGUCCUUAUGAGUAUAAUGGAUGCCCAGCACAGUUUCCUCUGUUCAGAUUGGAGGAGCAUGCAGAAUCCUGCGCUUUUGAACUACUGAGUUGUUCCAAUGAAGACUGUCAAGCACUGAUAUUAAGAAAGGAUAUGUAUAAUCACAGUCAGAGUUGCGAGCAUUGGAAAGAACUCUGUUCCAUGGGCUGUGGGACGUUGUUAGUACCCGCAAAUCGAGAUGACCACAACUGCUACAUGGUAUUGAAAGAGGAUUACACUAGACAGGUUCAAAAACUGAGGCAGAAAGCCAGACGAAUGGAGCACAUCUCAUCGCAGAUUAGGAGACAGAUACAACUAAUUACUGACACUCUGCAGAGUGCUGAACCUGCUAUAAGCACAUCAGAGAUGGAAUAAAAAUGCAUGAACAUCAUACAGUUACAUUUAAAGAAUCACAUUGAUAAAUUCCAUGUUUUAAUAAAAGAAAUGUUUUAAUAUGAGCUAA